GCGGGGAGGGAGCAGCCAGCCGGGCGCAGCUGUCCGGAAUCAUGACUGAAGAUGACGGAUUCCGCGGUGGUGGAGGGUCACGUCAAGUUGAGAGAUGGAAAAAAGUGGAAGAGUAGGUGGCUGGUGCUGCGCAAGCCCUCCCCGGUGGCAGUUUUACUUCUUUUAGACUGUUUGCUCAUGCUGGUGUACAAGGAUAAAUCUGAGCGAGCGAAAGGGCAUAAGGAGAGGAGCAGCGUGACCUUAGAAGACAUCUGUGGCUUGGAUCCUGGGCUCUCCUAUGAGGGCUUGAAUCACACGCUUGCAAUCAUCUGCCUCUCUCAAGUUGUGAUGCUGGGAUUUGAGAACAAGGAAACAAUGUAUGCGUGGGAUGUACGAAUCCGCUACAGUCUGGGGGAAGUUCAUAGAUUUCAAGUUUUUGUAGCACCUGGCACUAAACUCGAGAGUGGGCCUGCUACCCUGCACUUCUGCAAUGACAUCCUCGUCCUUGCCAAAGACCUUCCUCCUAGCGUCAUGGGGCAAUGGAAACUCUCAGACCUGCGCCGAUACGGAGCUGUCCCAAAUGGAUUCAUCUUUGAAGGGGGUACCAGGUGCGGCUUCUGGGCCGGUGUUUUUUUCCUUUCUUGUGCUGAAGGGGAGCAGAUCAGCUUUCUGUUCGACUGUAUCGUCCGUGGCAUCUCCCCGACGAAAGGCCCUUUUGGUUUGCGUCCAGUCCUACCAGAUCCAAGUACAAAUCCAGCCUAUUCAGAAGAAAGAUUGGCUCAUGAAGCUUUGCAAUUAGAGAAGCGCUUGAGCUUGCUGUCCCAUACAAGUCGCCAGGGCAGUGGAGGAGAUGAUAGGAGUCUUUCAAGCUCGUCUUCAGAUACCAGCCACUCGGAUGUUAGUGUUGGGAGCAGAUUGACAAUUUGGCCUGAACAGUCUUCAGCCAGCACCUCGCAAGAGAGUCAUGGACUGGCAGCUGCAAAGGGCAUUCAUCUUGGGGAAGAAAAGACCCUUCCAGAAGGGGCACGUGGCAUCACAAAACCACCUCCAAAGCCCCUCCGAUCCAGACAGCUACAGGAAAUAGGUCGUCAGAGUUCUUCUGACAGCGGAAUUGCUACUGGUAGUCACUCCUCUUACUCUGGAAGCUUCUCUUCCUAUGCUGGGAGCUUGGACAUUUGCCACGGUGAUGAGUUUGGAUCGUUGCUAAGUCUGCCAUUGAACUUUCCUUCAGAUCAGAAUUUAUGUACUUGUCCUCACAGUGAGCCCCAGAGAGGUGCGGGAUCAGAGUAUCAGAUUCCCAGCUCUCUCAGACAUAUUUAUGACACACCCAGGAGUUUGUUACAGGCAGCUGCUAAAGAUGUGCAACCGAAGAGUGCAGAUUCCACGCUACCCAAGGACCAGACCCUGCCACCUCAUGGUGCUAGUGACCCGAAACUGCUACUACCACGCCUAGAAGCACAGAGGGUGCCUGAGCACAGCCAGGACCGAGGGAGGCCUUCAUCCUUACUCCCAGAAAGCACCAAGGACUCAAGUGAUGAGACACAUGUGGAUUUUGUUUCGAGGUGGUCAGAUACAAAGCCACAAGGACAGGUGUCAGACUCCAAAAGUAGUGAGUUGGCACCACCUAGUGGAGUCUCAGCUGACCCCUAUGACACUUGUAGCCCCCACCUUGGGAUGACAAGAGCUCUUUUUUCCGCUUGUCCAAUCUGUGGUGGACUAAAGGGAUCAGCAAUAUUACAGUCUGGAGUCUUACCAGCUAUACCAGGUGCUUCUUCUGUCAUGGCAGCUUCUGGGUCUCUGAAACUACAUAAAGGGCACAGUCUCCAAGCUGGUGCUAAAGGUGGUUAUGAGAUGCUGACACUUCCUUCAGAACCUGGCACUCCUACUAGCCCUGAGGAACCUGAAGGGGCAGUAGGUUAUUCAGCUGAUGUCCCUGUGUCAGAUCGACCCCACAGCGAGACAGCCACCUAUGUUAAUAUUCCUGUCAGUCCGACUUCCAAAAAACAACUUCAUUACAUGGAACUGGAACUUCAAGAACCUACUACAAGCAUAAGAGGGAGUGGAUCAUCCCGAUAUGCGCAGAUUGACAUCACGGCCACCGAGACAGCCCACAAAGUGGGAACACAGCACGCGCAGUGCAGGGAGGAACGCUUGCAGGAGCUGGAGCAAAAGAAGAAAGGGGCUCAGCAGUGA